AAUCUAAGUGAGACCAGAGCCCCAAACUACAACUCCCAGAGUUCUGUGCGCGCUCCAGGGGGUGGGGCUUCGAUGGGGAUUCCCGAAGAGCGAUGGCCGAGCCGGCUGGGUCUCACCGCCGAUCACUGUACAAACAAGUGGGCUCCCCACCCUGGAAAGAGGCUUUCCGGCAGGGAUGUCUGGCAAGAAUGAGAAACAGCCGGGACAGGUUCCUGAACAAGUACCGCCAGGCUGGAGGCAAUGUACCAGGGAGAGCUCUCAGCAACCUGCUAGUGCAAGAGGUGAUGGAGGAAGAGUGGAAAUCUUUCCAAUCAAUGCAGAAGUAUCCGGAGGACUUGGCUCAGUUGGGGUUGUCGAUGGACUUGGCUGUGCUGGAGGAAAUCCAACAGGAGCUAAUUGAUGAAGAACAGUCCAUAAUCAGCGAGUAUGAGAAGAGCUUGCAGUUUGAUGAGAAGUGUCUCAGCAUCAUGCUCACCGAAUGGGAAGCAAACUCCCUCAUCUGCCCUGUGUGUACAAAGUACAACUUGAGAAUAAUAGGAGGUGUGGUGGUAUGUCAGUGUGGCCUGUACAUCCCAUCUCAUUCUCCAGAGCUGACAGAACAGAAGCUUCGUGCCUGUUUCGAGGCUGGCUUAAACGACCACAGCGCACAGUGUCCCCAUACGCCUGCGUUCUCAGUCACCGAUGGAACAGGAGAAAAGCCCAGUCUUCUCAUGACCUGUCUGGCUUGUGACACUUGGGCUGUGAUCCUGUAGCCUGAACUCAUCACUCUGCUGAGUUGAAAACAACUCACUCUCUCUGAGAAGAGGCCUUGUACAUACAGACCUUUCACUCAUAACUUAUUUUGUAUUAAAACUUUUCACACACCUCUACUCUUGGUGUUUUGAUGCAAACUGAAGAAAUAGAAAAGACAAACUACUUCGGAGGAGAUGAAACAAUUGUAAUGUCCAUUAUUAUGUUAUACAAAAAAAAAAAACCCUAGAAAUAAAAUCCUUGAGCGCAACA